GUAGGCGUCACAUCCUGCAUUGUAUAAAGCUACCUGCCUGUCCCUCUUCAGUAGCCUGCCUAUUCCUACACUGACUACACCAUAAAGACAUUGAAGGGUCCUUUCCGAGAACAUACCCACAAAUGGGCAAUAAGAGUCAUUUAGCUUAAUUCACCGAGCCUUGCCAACCGACCCUCAUCCUCAAUCCUUUGUUGUUUUUCAACAUCAUCAAACGCCAAAUACAAAGGUAAGAUUGAUUUGAUUGCUUUUAGAUUAAGGCAAACAAUAUUGUAUAACCUAUACUAUAUUGUCUAAUAAUGGACAUUGUGUUUCCAAUCCUAUAUGUUGACCUAUUAAAGAAAGAGCUAUGGUACUAAAUUACAUCUUAUUUAUUGUCCUGGCACAAAUCAUUACAAAUGCACAUUUCACAUUGUCUUUAACAAUGUAAUAGGCUUAAGAUACCGAAAUCAGACUGUGGGGUUUUCUCUUUUCCACCAGCUUUGUAUCAUAUCUGAUUCUAAUCAUCAUCUCACCAGAGGCAGAUCAGGGAUAAUUCUCUGAUCUGUAAUCAGUUGAAUAAUUGUUGUUAGGUGGCCCACUGUAUAUGGAUUUUGACUGCUGAUAUUUUAGUCUUUGCAUCUACAUUUUAUCUGGAUGGUCUAUUGUUUAUCAUGCACCUGCCAGUGCUGCUGUCAUUUAUUUUGCUGCAGGUGAGGUUAUAUUGUAUUGGUCUCCUGCUGGCAUGGUCUUUGCUACCCAGGAUCCUUGGGACCUCCCUACUCUAAACCCUAACCCUUACCCUAACCUUAACCUUAAACUUAACCAUAACCAUAACCUAACCCUAACCUUAACCCUUACCUUAACCAUUUUAAAUUUCAACUUCAAUAGGGUAGGGACAUCCCAAGAAACCCGGAUAGCAUGGACCCUGUUGGCAUGAAUCAAAUCAAAUCAAAUUUUAUUGGUCUGUACAUAUACUUUGCAGAUGUAAUCACAGGUGCAGCGAAACGCUUAUGUUUCUAUCUCCACCAGUGCAGUAAUACCUAACAAUAUACACAAAUAUAAAAUAUAUCAGAAUGACCAAUGUCAGAGUCCGUAAUAUAUAUGUAUACAGUAUGGACAGUAUAUGAAUAUAAAAGGUGUGUACAGCAGUAGUUAUAUAGGAUGAGCCUUGACUAGAAUACAGUAAAACAGUAUGAAUAUAAUGUGCAAUGCGGAUGCACAUUCACACACAUCUAUUGUGCCCCACAGCAGUAAACAUUUAUUUUAACUUUAUUUUUCCACUGUGCGAAGGGAAUUGGUUUAUCCUUGAGAUGUUUUUUUUGCAACUGCCUAUGUAGCACAGAUGAGAAUUAGGCUGGCAAUCCCCAGCCAUCUGGACUAGAGCUUCUGUCCUGUCUGGACCGGUUUGGACAGGAUAGAACUGACUUAGCAUCGAACAUGUAAUCAUGAGGUUGUUUCUCAGUAAACAAUUCACUUUUGCUUAUAGCAAUGUAGUUUAGUUGGGGAGUAAAACCACGUUUUUGGCAUGUUUCAUUCCACUGCAGUGUUUGAGAUGUCAGUGUGAGUGUUUACCACAGUUGAACUGUUGGUAACCUUUCUCUUAGAAAGAGGUUUUUGAGUCCUGUAUAGUCCUGCUUACCGGUAUAUUCUGUUUUUCGAGUGGCUUAGUCAGUACCUUACAGGUCCUGUAGCGGCUAGCCCCAGUGUUGAGGCCUGCCACGUACCUAGCCGGUGCACAGCACUCUGUUUCCUGGCUAGGUGCCCAGAAGUUGGGACAUUAUACCUGCAAACCCCAGCCCCAGACUAUCCAGUUAUUUUCAGAACAUGGUGUUGAAAUCAGACUCUCAGCACAAGUGUUGACCUCUAUUACCUCUCUAAGCCAACAGUGAAACCUGCCUAUAAUAGGCUAAUGAUAGGCUUCUGUGAAUGGAUGAUGCUAGUAAUCAUGAAAUAGGUAAUACGCUUUGCACAAAGGCUUUUGCACAGCUAUUUGUCUAUGUUCAGGAUGUUGUGUUACGGCACAUUCAUUGAGAUCUAGCAUGCAGCAUUCAUAGACAAUAUUAUUUGGCUCAUCCCAGUAUCACUUGCCUCUGCUUGCAAGGUUCAUGUCUCCACACUCUAAUAACCCAUUCUUUUCUCUCUCCUUUCCUCUAUCUCCCUAAGGUUUCCCAUCUUCCAUCUUUGAGCGGUUUUGAAGGAAAGGUCGAAGAAAAUGGCAGCAAUUCCAUCCACCGGCUCUCUCAUUGCCACCCAUGAUUACUACAGAAGGCGCAUAGGAUCCACCUCUAGCAACAGCUCUUGUGGCAGUUCUGAGUACGCUGGCGAAGUCAUUCCACACCCCCCAGGUACAGAUGAUCAGAUAACUGCCACGGUGCCUCUGAAAUGGCAUCCUAUUCUCUAUAUAGUGCACUACUUUUGACCAGGGCCUGUGGGGCUCUGGUCAAAUGUAGUGCACUAUGUAAGGAAACAGUUGCCAUUUCAGACAACUCUCACUCUGACAAAUGCCUUUAAUUAGGAACAUAUCCUCUAUCUCUCCGUGUGACUUGAUCUGACCAGGUUCCUCAUCUUCCUUUUGUAUUAUUCUUCUCAGGUCUGCAGAGACAGGACUCUGGUCACUGGUGGUCUUCUUUCUUCUUCCCAAACAAACAGAACCAGCCUGGCAGCAUGGUUGGAUCUGAACAGAAGUGAGUUCACUAACCUAGGAGUCACAUAAAUUGAUCAAAUCCAUGCAUGGUUUAAAUGUUGUGCUUGAUUUCUCCUUUCUUUGUAAAAUGUAUAAUUUUGAGUAACCAGUUGUUAGGCCUAAUUGUAGCUGUGUAUUUCCCUCUUGUUGCAGGAGUGGAACAUACACGGUGAACAACUGUCAGGUGACUUGUAUUGCCAGGGAGAUGGUGUUGAAGAGGCAGCUCAGUGAAAGCAGCGACUCUGGGAAGAUGGAAAAUGGGAGCCCACCACCCUCCUAAUUCCAUCUUCUCUUCUCCCCAAACCCUUAUCCUCAACACCCAACAUCCCACUCCUCACCACCCCAUGGAGAUGGAGGCAGUGGAGACUACUUUUUUUUAACCUUUUAGUGAUGGAGGCUGCUUUUCCUCCCGCUUUGUUUAUAAAUAAUAUAUGAUAUCUUUUUAUAAUAAAGACUAAAAAAGCACACAAAAAAAAAAAAAAA